GUAAAGACAGUUGGUAGUUAUUUGUACUGUGUGUAUGAAUCAGGAAGGAGGUACAUUAUUGAUAUUGAUCAUGUUACGUGUAACUGUUGUCGGUAUCAAAUUGAUGAAAUACCAUGUGCACACACAAUUGCCGUUUUGAAGAGUAUAAAUGUUGAUGUAAAAGAGUAUGAACGUUACUGCUCAGAAUUGUACAGGCCAAACACCAUUGUCAAGACGUAUGAACUCCUCAUAGUUCCUAUGCCAGACAUGAAAGAUUGGAUUAUUCCAGAAUCUGUUGAUGCCGAAGAAGUUUUUCCAUCCAAAUACAAAAGACCUCCAGGGAGGUCAAAGAAAGGAAGACAUUUGAAAUCUAGUGAAUCACUUACUGCAAGUUCAAAUCAUUGCGAUAAAUGCGGAGUGUAG